CUACUUUACAAAAGAGCCAAUUAACCAAGACGUAAACAUAAUAUCUUCAAAGCUUUAAUUGUUGAACUAAAAUGUGUGUACCGGUUCAAAUAAUAAAGAAGUUAAAAAUCGACUUAACAUAUGAGUAACAUAUGCUUUAACGGCUGAAUAUAUAUUAAUGUUCUGUAUUUAGCGUGCUUGGUGGAUGUGUAUUUAUUGUUGUAUCAUUAACUUAUAAAGCGACAGGUACGGUGUUGUUACAAAAUUAUGGAAGUUUCUGGUAAAAGAGUGACGAAAGACACAAAUGCCAAACUGUGUAGUUUCUGUGAAGAUUAUGAUAUAACAACUUAUGCCGAUGGAUUUUGCGUAGAAUGUGAAGUUAACAUUUGCAAUUCAUGUUUUGUGAAACACAAAGAACGUAAAAAUAAUAGAAAUCAUUCCUUAGUAAAAGUAGAUGAAUCGAAAGCAAUAAAGGUAACGGUUGACGAUACGAAUGAAACAUGCCAAGAGCACAAUGGAGAAUUUGUGAAAUUCUAUUGUCCAAAGCACGACCAAGUUGGCUGUGCAGUAUGCAUCAUUGUAUACCAUAAUGGAUGCAAGCUGGAUCUCAUUCGUGACAAAGCUGCUGCAUAUGAUAACAGUCGAGAAUUUAGAAAUCUUAGAAAGGAGAUGAAUAAAUGCAUGAAAGAGGCUAAAUACAGUCUAUCAAUGAUAGAGAGCAACCGAAAACAGCUUACGGGGUUCUAUGAGCAAUUUGUUAGCGAUGUGGAGGCAUUCACAGAUCAUGUAAUUGAACGUAUAAAUAAAAUGAAAAAGAAGGUUUUGAAUCAGGCAAAGGACAUUAUGUUGAACGACAAGGGGAAAAUGGAAGAUCUGCAGAAGGAUAUCGACAAUUUGAUAGCUGAAUUAACACGACAAAACAAUGAACUGGAGUCAAAAAUUGACACACCAAAUAACCUCUUUGUACCAUCCCUAUUAAUUAAACGAGGACUGAAAAAGACCCAGCAAAAUUUUGAUAGUUUAAGGAACAAAAACCAUGUGACUCAGUAUAGAUUCAUGCAAGACAAAAUUCUAGCUGAAUCUGUAACAGAAAGAAAGGUGAUUGGGAUGCUCAUUGAACAGCCGUUUGAACGGAGUGAACAUGAUCAACACGAAUUUAAACAAGCUUAUUCAGCUGAUAAAGGACGAGUUCAAGAUCCUUUACCUCAGCAAGCACAAAGUGAAAGCAGAAACAAACAAAUUGAGACGGAAGUGACAGAUACCUUUACAAGAGAACAUACGAUGGAGGCCAUAGCGCACCAAAAGCGUCAACCAUUACUUGACAGAAAACUUGUUUGCAAAAAUCUCAACAUAGAUGGCGAAUGUGUCAGUUAUGCCGCAUACGAAAGUAAUGAUAUUGGAUUGCAUGUGUUCAAGGAGAAUGUGCGUCCGGGAUCAUUCUUUGAAAUUGAGAUAUCAAGCAUGGGUAAAAGCGGGUCGUUAGCUAUUGGUGUAGUACCAGAUAACUAUCCUGAUAUUCUUCUACCGGGCAUUGGCAACAAUUCCUGUGGAUACCAUUCAGACGGCAAGGUGUAUACAGAAAGCAAACCCGGUGAAAAAUCUGGUGAUGCAUGGAAAGUCGGCGACCGAAUCAAGUGCGAAGUUGUUUUGUAA